GUGCAACAAUGUGAUUCAGCAUUGCAUAAAGCACGUCGUGUUCUACAAACGACUAAAAUUGAACUUGCUAAGGAAGAAUAUUCCCGACAACGAGCAUAUAUCGCUCACAUCCACGCAAAACUUCCAUCCAAAAAAUACAGCAGUAAACGUUUCGCAAUAACUGGCGAUGAAGUACCAGCAUGCCCACAACCAAAUACUACUAUAUUUCCACCGUUAUUACUUUCUCAUUGACAACCAACAUUACCACCGCCAUCACUUGUGAAACAAAUGGGAAAAACAUCGCGAAAAUUCGUUCCAAGCAAUGGAAACUCACCUCCGAGCAUUUUCAACGUUAACGCUGAGGCAGACCCAUACUUAAUGUGGAUGAAAAUUUUUGAAGAUCAAAUUAGUGACGAUAAAGUGAUAUGCAACGGUCCAAGAUUCAAAGGAUUUCAUACGGUGACCGACGAUCAAUUAUGGGGAAUUUUGUCUAUUCUUUUAGCAAAUUAUGCAACACCAUUUUGUCCAAUUUGUGAACAAAUGGUUCGAAGAUUCGAGGGAUUCGUUUAUACACCAAAUCCCUUCAUUCAUACCAGGAGAGUAUUUCAGGAAGAAGAACAACAUUUGCAUGGAAUAUUAUUCGCACAUCUUCCUAGAACGCAAGCAUUUUGUUCAGCUCUCAUGCCAGCAUGUUUUGAAAAUUAUGCCACCAAAGUUGCAACUACAAGUAAUGGUACUGAAUGUAUGAAAUGUACAAUGUGCACGGCUACCCUCACAUUCUUGCAGCUUCAUUUCUAUGCAGCAUUCCAUGUCGAUUUUCAUAAGCAUGAUCGUUUGUCGACUAAAUUUCCGUUCGUUCAGCAUCAAUUCCUUCUAAGUGAAGUAGCGGUUAGAAAAGCACUCGAAUGGUUAGAUUCUUCAUUUAUUCAUAACAUCUGCGCCGAAAUGUGCUUAUCGUUCCCACCAAAUGUACCAAGUGAUGGCGGAUUCUUCCCGCAUGGUGUUAACUAUACAGAGUGCGUUGCCUUCUCAAAUUCGGCGUUUAUGUUUGCAGUGAAUGCGGCUAAGAAUAUUCUCAAACCUGAAUAUUUCUGUUCUUUGGAAAUGGGCUGGUGCAAACCCAAUGAAACACCUGAUAUAAUGCACUGCUUACGACAGCUUUGCGAAGAACAGAUGCCCGUAGAACUGCGAAGAACUUUAUGUAGAGCGAUACCGGACGAGUCGAUUCCGCUGAAAGAUCUUCUGAAGGCGCCAAUAUAUGGACCCAAACUUUUCCCUACGGAUGAAAGUGUUCAACACAAUGCGCAAUAUAAAUCCGAAUUAUAA